AUGCUGAAAGUCACCAUGCCCUCCUCCUCCUCAUCCUCCUCCUCAUCCUCCUCAUCCUCCUCCGGCUCCUCGGCCGCCGGCCGCCCCGGGUCGGCCGCCCCCGACUACUGGAUCGACGGCUCCAACAAGGACACCCUGGCCCACUACUUCGAGCUGGAGUCCGAGCUGGGACGUGGGGCUACAUCCAUUGUCUACAGAUGCAGGCAGAAAGGGACCCAGAAACCUUACGCCAUCAAAAUGUUGAAGAAGACAGUAGACAAGAAAAUUGUCCGCACAGAAAUUGGAGUUCUUCUUCGCCUUUCGCAUCCAAACAUUAUAAAACUGAAGGAGAUAUUUGAGACCCCUACAGAAAUCAGUCUUGUUCUGGAAUUGGUCACAGGUGGAGAACUAUUUGACAGGAUUGUGGAAAAGGGUUACUACAGUGAACGAGAUGCUGCUGACGCUGUUAAACAAAUCCUGGAGGCGGUGGCUUACCUGCAUGCAAAUGGGAUUGUGCAUCGUGACUUGAAGCCAGAAAAUCUACUCUAUGCAACACCAGCACCAGAUGCACCACUAAAAAUUGCUGACUUUGGACUUUCCAAGAUUGUGGAAGAUCAGGUGACCAUGAAGACAGUUUGUGGAACUCCAGGGUACUGUGCACCAGAGAUACUACGGGGAUGUGCCUACGGCCCUGAGGUGGACAUGUGGUCUCUGGGGAUUAUCACCUACAUCCUUCUUUGUGGCUUUGAACCAUUUUAUGAUGAAAGGGGAGAUCAGUACAUGUUUAAGAGAAUCCUGAACUGUGAAUAUGACUUUGUGUCCCCCUGGUGGGAUGAUGUAUCUCUGAAUGCCAAGGAUUUAGUUAAAAAGUUGAUUGUUUUAGACCCCAAGAAACGCCUCACCACUCUACAGGCUUUGCAGCACCCAUGGGUCACAGGGAAAGCAGCAAACUUUGCACAUAUGGACAACGCACAAAAGAAACUUCAAGAAUUCAAUGCCCGGCGUAAACUUAAGGCUGCAGUAAAAGCUGUGGUGGCAUCAACUCGCCUCGGCAGCGCCAGCGGUCACAGCACGCACGACAGCAACAAGCCCAGCCGUAACCCAUCUCCUGUCCAUGACGGCAAACCAGAAGAGAAACCCACUCAGGAAGCAGAAGCAGCUCCAGAAGAAAUGUCUUAGGUCAAUGUGCUUCCUUGUUUCAGCUGAGAUCUGUCAUUUCAUACACCAGCUAACUUGUCAUUCAGCAAGAGAGAUUCGUAAGCUUGGCCUCUCUGGUUCUGCUUUGGGGUGCCAAAUGCACUGGCUGGUGAUCCUACCUUCAAUGCAUGUGACUGCUUUUGAAAAUAGUAAACUGUUCCAUAAGGCAUGUCAUGGAACCAGUGUUAUUUACAGUAAUACCGGCAGGUGAAAACAUGGGGAUGAAUAACUACCUACCGUAAUGCAUAUACUUCAUAUACAUCU